ACCCCCAAAAAGAACUGAAAAGCCACUAAUAAAUACCCCUCUUCCUCUUUGUUCAUUCCCCUCCCCUGUUCUCUUUACUUCACUUUCACUUGUUAUUUUUCGGCCAAAACUCGAAAAUCUUCAGUGACCUGAGCUUUAUAUACAACCAAGAAACAGAGGAGAAUUUUUUUUUCUUCAUUUUCUUCAGUGAAUUUAUUUGUUUCCAAAAGGGCAAUGUCAGCUUGCGAAGAUCAAGAUCCGCGUAUCCAUGCUAUACAGUCUAGAAUUCGUGUUGUCCCCAAUUUCCCCAAACCAGGGAUACUGUUUCAAGACAUUACUACUCUAUUACUGGAUCCAAAAGCCUUCAAAGAUACAAUUGAUUUAUUUGUGGAACGGUACAAAGACAAAAACAUCUCAGUUGUUGCUGGAAUAGAGGCUCGAGGAUUUAUAUUUGGUCCACCAAUUGCUUUGGCGAUAGGGGCAAAAUUUGUCCCUUUGAGAAAACCAAAGAAAUUGCCUGGUGAAGUUUUCAAACAAGAGUAUGACUUGGAAUAUGGAAGUGAUUGUCUUGAGAUGCAUAUUGGAGCAGUAGAAGCUGGUGAGAGAGCUUUGGUGGUUGAUGAUCUGAUUGCUACUGGUGGCACUCUUUGUGCAGCUAUGAAUUUACUUGAGCGUGCUAGCGCAGAAGUGGUUGAAUGUGCAUGUGUGAUUGAAAUACCAGAAUUAAAGGGUAAGGAGAAGUUGAAUGGCAAGCCAUUGUAUGUACUGGUGGAGUAUCGGUAGUAUCUGCAGACGAAUAAUCUUUAUUUUCAUGACAAACUGUACGUUAGAGGGUGCUAUUAUUGGCCAACUUGUCCGCGUUUAUCUUUUUUCAUUCUUGAUUUCUUUGAUUAGUGAAUUUUGGAAAGGCCUUUGGUCAUUUGGAGAACUCAUUCAUGAGCUAGAGUAAAGAAAAUUUAUGCAAAAUGGAUGUUCAUUGGAAAUU